CCAUGCUUUCAGCAGAACGUUAAUGUUUGCCUCAGCAAACCUCACUGGUCUGGCCAGUAUUUCCUUUCCUAAAGCUACCACAUGUAAAUGUGGGCUUUCCUCACUUCCUUGUACUGACUACAGUGACACAGAUAAAUGUGCUGCAGUUUAUUUCAUAAGCUACUGCUCUCUAACAGCCCCAGGGGACUGCGCUGCUUAUUUACACCUUGGACACCGAAGACCAAACAUGGCAAAUUCAGGACUUUUACCAUGUAUAUACUUGGCUUUUGUCAACUCAAUCUUUUUCAGUCUAGCUCUGCCGACUGUCUUCAAAAGGAAUCCUAUGAAUGACAGACCAGUGUUUGGAAUUUUGACUCAGAUAGUUACAGAUGAUGUUUUGAAACCUUUCGGGAAGACCUUUAUACCUGCCUCCUAUGUGAAAUACAUGGAGUCCGCUGGCAGCAGAGUCAUGCCUAUCAGGUUAACUCACACCACAGAAGAAUAUGAAGACAUCUUCAGGAAGAUUAACGGCCUGCUAUUCAUUGGAGGAGCCGUGGAUAUAGAGACGUCAGAGUUUGCCAGGGUGGCAAAAAUUUUCUACAAUCUGGCUCUGAAGGCCAAUGACAAAGGAGAUUUCUUCCCAAUUUGGGGCACGUGUCUGGGCAUGCAACUUCUGACUGUGUUGGUGUGUGGAGAAAACCUGCUGGAAAAAACCACAGCUGAGAACAUAGCUUUGCCACUCAACCUGACAACAGAGGCUUAUUCCAGUAGAAUGUUCAGGGAUUUCCCAGAAGAUUUUAUGAAGAUAUUAACCCAAGAACCCCUGACUGGCAAUUUUCACCACUAUGGAUUGACUGUGGAGACUUUCCAGAAAAAUGAAAUGCUACACAAUUUCUUCUCUCUGUUGUCCACAAACACUGCUGAAAAUGAAGCACACUUUGUCUCAACCGUAGAAGGUAGGAGAUAUCCCUUCUACGGAGUACAGUGGCAUCCAGAGGGAAACAGAUUUCAGUGGAACACAAGGCUCAACUUUCCUCACUCUGCUCAUGGUGCUCACUUAUCAUCUUUAAUGGCCGAGUUUUUUGUUAAUGAAGGGAGAAAAAGUUUCCAUCACUUUGACAAUCCUACAGAGGAGGCGUCAUCACUGAUCUACAACUAUACUCCUGUUUACAGUGCCAACAUCAGUGCAUACGACCAGCUGUACUUCUUUUGACUAUCACCCUGCCGUGGCCCAUUUUUGUACAUGUGUGAAUAAAACCAUGUGUACUGUAA